UUGAAAGAAGUAUCAUGAGCCCAAAUCCUUGUAGGACUUCUAUUAGCUCACUAUCCUCUAUCGAUCGGCACAUAAAUUAUUGGAAAUAGAGUGUUACAUCUGGGGAGAUUGUCUUGUUAGACAGCGUUUCUACUAGCUCACUAUGUUCUAUCGAUCGGCACAUAAAUCAUUGGAAAUGAAGUAUUACAUCUGCGGAGGUUUCCUUGUAAGUAAAUAUCCCAAUAAAUUGGUGAGAGCCUUGUGCAGAUUUUUUGUGUCUGUUUUAUGUUUUCUUUAAUUAUAGUUAUAAUAAUAUGAUAAUAAUAAUAUGACUUAGGGCGAGUUGAGUGUAUUUUGUUAGCCAUUUAUUGCAUAUGGGAGUUAAUCGGCCUGCAUAAUCCCCAUAACUGUAGAAAUUUAAUUAUUAUACUCUGUGAUCCAUUUUAUAGAAACUUUUUCUCUUUCCAUUUUAUAGGUUUACGUAUUCGUGCAACAGAUUACGAUAAAUUAUCAGAAAAUACUACCCGUUAUGCUCUAACAUUAAAUACAAAAUCGAUCGAUGGUCAAGAUGUAUUUCGCAUCGACGAGCUAACAUCGGAUAUUUAUUUGAAUGUUGACAACUAUUUGGAUCGUGAAAAGACGCCACAUCAUAAUUUGUCAAUUAUUGCUCGAGAUAUUGGAGAUCCUGCUGGUAAUUUACAAUCAAAAGAAUUAAAAAUUACAAUAAUCAUUGAUGAUGUCAAUGAUCAACCUCCACGGUUUAAACCAACGCACAUACAAGCACAAAUAUCGGAAAUAGCACAACGUGGUGAUUUUGUUAGUGAAAUUAAAGCAGAAGAUGAUGAUGUUGGAGUGAAUACACAUUCUAUUUAUGAAAUUAUUGAAGAAUGUCAACUUCCAGGUGAACAACAACAGCAACGACAAACAACAAUGAUUCGAUGUUCAAAACCAAAACAUUUCAUAUUUAAAGAAACAUCAUUAGCAGAAAAAGGAACAAUCAUUCUAUUAGAACCAGUUAAUUAUGAUCCACCUGAUAAUCAAACAAAAUUUUUACUCAAAGUAAAAGCAACUAAUGGUGGCAUGUUCGAUUAUGCCAAUGUUACCGUUUUUAUCACCGAUUUUAACGAUAAUACACCUGUCUUCUCUCAGAGUGUCUAUUUCGUUAAUAUUAGUGAAUCAACACCGCUUAAUUCAGAAAUUUUACAAGUGAGUGCAACGGAUAACGAUGUAAUGCCGGUGAAUAAAGAAUUUAUUUUUCGUAUACCACCCGAUCGUCAACAAUAUGAAAAUCGUCAACAUUUACGUAUGGAUACGUUGAAUGGAAAAAUAUAUUUGAAAAAAAAUUUUGAUCGUGAAAAAUCAUCGACUAUUAGUUUACCCUUAGAAGCUGUAAAUAAUCAAAGUACAAAUGUUUUAAUUGGACGUGCAGUAUUAGUAUUAAACAUAUUGGAUGUUAAUGAUAAUUUUCCAAAAUUUGCUGAAAAUUAUCAGCCAAGAAUUCGUGAACAUGAACAACCAAAGAAAAUAUUAGAAUUUAGAGCCACUGAUCCCGAUGAACAAACGUCACCAAUGAAUUUUGAAUUUAAAUUAGGCUCAAAAAAUGUGUGGCCUGAAGAUGGUGAACCUAAAUUUCGUCUGGAUGUAACAUCAGAUUCUUUUGGUCCCAUUGGAGUAUUAAGUACGUUAAAAGUAUUGGAUCGUGAAGAAUUAUGUCCAGUAGUGACAAAGAAAGGAAAACCUUAUUGUGGAAAAUAUUAUGAUUUACCAAUAUGGAUGAAUGAUAAUUCAAAACCACAGACACAAUCGGGUAUUAAUUAUUUGCGAGUCAUUGUUGAAGAUGUUAAUGAUAAUCCACAUCAUAGUGGACAAAAACAAAUUAAUGCCUAUGAUUAUAAACAACAGUUAAUAAAAGCAAUAAAUUCAUUAGGAUCAAAUGGACUCUAUAUUGGAACAGUUUACUCGAAAGAUGAAGAUGAUUGGGAUAUGCAUACAAAAGAAUUUGAAUUAUUAACAUCGUCAUCAGAAUUUUUUCGAGUAGAUAAAGGAGGUAAAACAUCAAAAACACCAGGAGCAAUUUAUAUGAUAACACCAACAACUAACAACACAUCACAAUUAAAACAAGGCACACAUAUAUUCACUGUAUCCGUUCUUGAUACAUAUACUCAAUGGUUACAACGUGAUGCUCAAAAAUCGACUGUAGAAUUUCAUUUAAAUGAUUUAUCAUCGGAAGCUGUAGAAAAUGCAGCAUCAAUUCGUUUACAAGAUAUAACAGCUGAAGAAUUUAUUGAAACACGUCAUAUGCCCGCUGGUCAAUCAUAUUAUAAAGAAUUUGCACGUCUUAUCGGUGAUAUAUUAAAUGUUCGUAAUGUUGAAAUAUUUUCAAUUCAAGAUCAUGAAAAUAUACCACGAACAAUUGAUGUUUAUUAUGCGGUACAUGGAAGUGGAUAUUUAUCGAAAGUAAAAAUUAACGGAUUAGUUAAUAUGAGACGUGAACAAUUAGAAGAUCUAUUUAAUAUAUCACAAAUAGGUAUAAAUGAAUGUUUAACAUCUGAUCAACAAUGUUUUGAAAAGGGCUGUAUUUCACGUUCUGAAAUUGUUACAAAACAACCUUAUUAUGUGAUAAAUGGAAAUGAAACAGCUUUUAUUGGACUUCAUAUUCGUUCAAAAGCUCAAUGUCAAUGUGAAACAGAUAUUCAAUAUCAAUUAGAUAAAGAAUUACAAGAACAAAAAUUAAAUCGAUACUGUCUUAAUGGAGGAUAUCCACAACGUGAUUAUAAUAUAAUGAAAUGUUCAUGUCCACAUGGAACAUUGUACAAUGGAGAACGAUGUCAAUUAACAACAGUAUCAUUCGAUGACAAUGGUGGUUAUGGUUGGUAUAAACCAUUGUCAACUUGUUCUCAUUGGUUAUUACAAUUAGAUUUUUUGACACAAUCUCCAAAUGGUAUUCUCCUUUAUAAUGGUCCAUUGAAUAAUCAAUCAAAUCAAGAUUAUUUUUCACUACAAUUAGUUAAUGGUCAUCCAUCAAUUGAAUUAAAUUUUGGUACAAAAGCUGUUAAACGAUAUUUAAAAUCGAGUUCAUAUUUAGCUGAUGGAAAAUGGCAUACUAUUGAGAUACGACAAUUAAGUACAAUUGAUCAUAUUUUAGAAAUAAUUAUUGAUUAUUGUCCACAACAAUUAAAAACAAAUGAAUGUCGUUUUAUGAUUGAAUAUGCUGAAGAUGAUAUAUUUAGUACAAAUGAACCAUUACAAUUGGGUGGUGUAGCCAAUAAAGAAAAAUUACCAAUUGAUUAUGCAGGAAAUUUUAAAGGUUGUAUUCGUAAUUUACGUUUUGCUGAUGAAUUAUAUGAUUUACAUGUUGAUUCACAUAGUGGUCAAUCUUUGAAUUUACAUGAAGGUUGUUUAUUAGUCGAUCAAAAAUGUUCACAACUCACUUGUGUACAUGGUACAUGUGAAGCAGAUCUUUAUCAGGCACAAUGUGUUUGUAAACCAGGUAAAUCGGGUGCCACGUGUUCACAAGAUGCUCAAUCUUACGAUUUUACUUAUGAUAAAAUGACGUGGACAGGUGAUCGUGCAUCGUAUGCCACAUUUCGUCAUACACAUAAACCUGAUGAUUAUAUUCAUGCAAUGAAAUUUCAAAUUAUGUUUCGUACAAGAGAUUUAUCUGAAAGAAUUUUAACAUUAAUCGAUUUUCAUAAUGAUGAUACAUUUAUGUUUUUGGAAUUGAAAGCGGGACAUUUACAAGCAAGAUUUGGAUCAAAAUCGGAUACACAAUUAAUUGAAUUGAGACAUGUUCAAGUAAAUGAUGGUAGAUGGCAUACAGCUUAUUUAGAUCGUUAUGGACAACGAUUAUUUUUAAAAUUAGAUGAUGGAGAAUAUUAUAGAUCAAAUAUAAGUUAUGGAAAAUCAAUUUGGAAAAAUUUUCCAAAUACAUUGUUAAAUGUGGGAGCAAGAAUUGAUUCAGCUGUUCAUAAAAUUGUGACGGCUGAUUUUAAUGAUGGUUGUAUUCAAGACGUACGUUAUAAUGGUCAACUGUUAGAUUUAUUGAACGGAUCAAGUUCAUCGGAUAUGAAAUGGACGUUUCAAUCAAAUAUUAAAGAAGGUUGUGAUAAUUUGGAUAAUUGGUGUCGUGGUGUUCAAUGUUUACAUCCCGCAUUUUGUGUAAAUACGUGGCGUCAUGGUAUUUGUUCAUGUCCACCAGAUCUAAAAUAUUUUCAAUCAAAUGAUACAUGUGUAAAAUAUGAUUGGUGUUUUGAUGUAACAAAUCCAUGUUAUAUGCCUGGUACACGACGAUGUUAUUAUGAAGCAAAAAUCGAUCAGAUUGAAUGUGAAUGUCUUGAUGGUUAUCAAGGUGAACGAUGUACACAACAUGCAUUACCAAUUAGUGGAACAUUUAAUUGGCAUAUUCUAAUAUUGUCAAUGAUUUGUUUAUUUAUAAUAUUGGCAUUAAUUUUUGGAUUAAUUGCAUUUACGAAACGACGUCAAGCAAAAAAAGCUUAUAUACUAGGUAUGGAUGAUGAAAUUCGUGAUAAUAUAAUUAAUUACGAUGAAGAAGGUUGUCCGGAUGAAGAUCCGAUAACAUAUGAUAUAUCGACAUUAAAAAAACCAAUUUAUGAGAGUAAUGCAGCAAAUGGCCGCCUUGGUGGUUCUAGUCGAAAUGAUUCGGAAACACGUAGUGGACGAAUGAAUUCCGAAUCGGAAGUAAAACCAUUAUUAUCAAAAACUGUUACGGAUAGUGGUGGCACUGAUCCACCUAUUGUAUCAACGAAAAAAGUCAUUCGUAAAGACAUACCACCAUUAAUAAAACCAUUACCACAAAAAGGUAUGACAAACGGUGAUGGUCAGAGGACUAUAAAUGUUGGCGAUUUUAUUAAAAAUCGUAUUAAAGACAUUGAUGAUGAUCCAUCACAGCCACCGUAUGAUUCACUACAAGAAUAUGCUUUUGAAGGUACAGGUGAAGAUAAAUGUUUUUCAUUAUCGACACUAAGUCUAACAUCAAAAGAUAAUCUAGACAGUGAACAAGAUAUGGAAUUUGAUUAUCUAAACGGCUGGGGACCGAAAUUUCAUAAAUUAGCCGAUUUGUAUAUAUCAAAAAAUGAUGUAUCUUGA